AUGGAGCAACAGGUCCUUCAGCUCCUCCAAGCGACAACCAGACCAGAUACAGCCGUCAUUAGAGAUGCCGAGCAAGGUCUUCUUCGACUCUACCCUCAAGCAGACUUCCCUUUUGCGCUCCUAACCAUUGCGUCGCACAACGACAUCGACCCCAGCUCUCGCAAGGCUGCAUUGACGGCUCUGAAGAAUUACGUCUCGGCCACGUGGUCGCCCCAGUUCGACGAGACAUUCACAGGAAAUGUGUACCUCAACGACGAAGCCAAGUCUGGCGUCCGUGACCGGGUCUUCACCAUCUGCACGCUUGCGGGCGAACAGGCGCCGAAAGACGCGAGUAUCCAGGCCCUCGCAGCUGGCGUCGCGAGCAAAAUUGCCAGUGUCGACUUCCCUGACGCGUGGCCCUCGCUUCUACCCUCGCUACUCACAAUUCUGAACACUUCGACAGACGACGCGCCCAUACAUGGCGCGUUACGCGUCCUCUCCGAACUGGUCGACGAGGGCUUGACGGAAGAACAGUUCUUCUUGAUCGCCCGAGAUCUCGUCAAUGCCUUACAGCAUGUUGCGGUCGAUAAUUCUCGGAGUCUGAUAGUGAGAGCAAUGACCCUGAAUGUCUUUAGAGCUUGCUUUGAGAUGCUGGAGAUGGUCAUGGCCGAUCACGGAGCGGCGGUGAAGGCGUUCCUGAACGAGUCACUCAAGGCCUGGAUGCCCUUCUUUGUUGAGACACUGAAGCAACCGCUGGGCCCUGCCCUGAAACCCGAAGAAGCAUCAUUCCGGGGCCUUGUCGCCCUCAAAGUUCAGGUAGUAAAGACACUCGACAAACUCCGACAAGUCUAUGCGCAGGCUCUCUCCCCACAUGUGAUGGCCCUAUUCCAAGUCGUUUGGGAGGAAUUGAUGAGAACUGCAACGGUCUAUGCUGAUCUUUACAUCGACGGCACCGCAGAAGCCAAGCUCGUCGACAGCGACAACCUCCCUUGCAGUCUAGACGCACUUGUUCUUGAAGAACUUGACUUCUUGCAAGUCACCAUUAGAGCCCCCACAGUUCGCAAAGAGCUCACGGCGCAAAUGCAUCAACUCGGUGAAGCACAACAUACUGUUCCCUGGCUGCAAGAAUUGGUCCGCAUAUUGGUCUUGUAUGCCAGGAUCCCAAAGGAGGAAGAAGCGCUAUGGGAAUACGACGCCAACCUGUACCUCUGUGAAGCAACAUCACUUACAGCAAACUACACACCCCGAGCAGCAUGUGCGGAUCUAGCAGUGCGGAGCUUGGGCGAAUGGUUGAAACAGAUUCCCAUGAUGGCAUUAUUGCAUUUCAAGCAGCACAACCUAUUGAGCCAGACACCAGGAUGGAAAGAACGCGAAGCACUUGUCUUUCUCCUCAACCAAUGUCUCAAGGACGUCGACGAAGUCUCUGGGAAGCUCAGCCCUCAAACAUCUGCUGCAGUUGUUGAGGGUCUCUCGGAUACACUCCAACAUCCAAAUCCCUUCAUGCGUGCGGCGGGGCAAAUGGCCGCAGGGUGUUUCUUCAAGGUCGCGGACGGCGAGCAAUUCCUCCACGCUGGCGCGGUGGCUUUUGCCAAUGCUGUAAGCGCCUCGUCAAUGGAUGAAUCCGACGUGGUCAAAGUCGCGUGCCUGAGCAUUUUGCAUGACUACAUCGAUGCACUCCCACAGACCGUGACACGACCAAUGCAAAAUGCAGUUGUCAACGUUAUCGGUGACUUCAUCUCCUCGCACGACCUCCGCGACGAACUCGAAGACGCCGACGACGUCAAAGCGGCAUUGAUCCAACUCCUGCGUGACGCCAUCAUGCUGGACACCUCCACGAUAACCACUCAAGGUAAUAAUGCCCUCGACUUGUUUUUCACGCUGGCAUCGGACGGCGCGUCGAAUUUCCAACUUUUCACUCUCCUCACCGAGGCAUUCGAGGGCAUCGUCUCGUCGGUGUCUUCUUCUGGGCAAGAGCCAUAUGUGCGAUUGUGCGCCAAAACCAUCCCUUCGCUCACGGGCGCAUUCGACAUCGCCAACAUGACCCAGGAAUCUGCAUUGACGAAUCUCGCCGCUGAGCUCGUCUCUGCACUCGCCGAGUUCGGGUCCGACCCUCUGCCUUCCGGCUUCGUGCAGGCUGUGAUGCCAAAGUUACAACGCGUGCUUAUGGAAGCCGUUGAGCCUGAACUUGUGCGCCCGGCCACGCUAGCGCUUAACCACAUGCUGUCAAAGGGCACGCAACAAUUCCUGUCCUGGACAGAUUCUCAGGGGAAGUCCUCAGUCGAAGUGACGCUGACUAUCAUCAACCGCCUCCUCAACUCCCCAGAUGUAGACGAGAACGCAGGCCAAGAAGUCGGCGGGCUCGCGUCAGCGUUGGUCACGAAGUUUGGAGCCGAUAAGCUCGGACCAUAUUUGAUGGACUUGCUGCGCGCGGUGGCCGUCCGUCUUGCCACCGCGGAGAGAAUACAAUUCAUUCAGAGCCUAUGUAUGGUCUUUGUGGGUCUCUCCCUCGCGGCUCCGAAGGAAGUCCUGGAUUUUCUGAGCGAGGUGAACAUCAACGGCACCAAUGGGCUGAAUGUGGUCUUGACAAAGUGGCUGGAGAAUUCCGUGCAUUUCGCCGGGUUCGACGAGGUGAGACAGAAUGUGGUGGCCUUGUCCAAGAUAUUCGCACUGCACGAUCCCAGGGUCCACGCCGUGAGCGUCAAGGGGGAUUUGAUCGUGGACGCUCAAGUAGGCGGACGCAUCAAGACAAGAUCACAGGCCAAGCUGAACCCGGACCGAUGGACUCAGGUCCCCGCCGACCUGAAGAUAUUGAAAAUCAUGGUCGACGAGCUCGCCAAUGCCGCCACAUCGAGGUUCCCCAACCUGGCCGCGGCCCAGGCUGCCGCCGCGGACGCUUUGGAUUCCGAGGAUGAAGACGCCGAAGACGCGGACGAAUGGGAGGAUGUUGGAUCCGCGGGGGCUAUUGACCUGGCCAGUGCGAGCGUCCGUAACGAACUGAUGGCCCUUGUCGGGGGUGGUGGUGGUGACGGCACGGCGGACGAUGAGGGUUUGAGUCCCACGGGCUCGAGGGCCAGAGAUGAAGAGACAGCCGACUACUUGUUGCAGUGGUUCAAGAACGAGGCUAGUCGAGAUGACUUUGCGGUCUUCUUUGAACAGUUGACCGAGGAGGAGAAGGGGAAGUUGAGGGAGUUGGUCGCGUAA